UAGAUGAAGACCUGAUAAAACGCGAUGUGCAACUUACCGGUGAGGGCGUUGUGUUCGAUGAGCAACUGGUUUCUGGAGAGCAGAGAGGAUUCACGCUCCACCAUCCUUUGUACCUUGUCAAGUGUGGAAUUGAAGCCAUAAUCGAGGAUUCGGUAACAAAGCGGUUUUCAGCAGCCGAGCUACGCGUGUGGAACUUCCUCGGUCGAAACCAAAAUUAUGUGUAUAUGAAGUGAGUCGGUGUUCAACGGUUUACAAUUUAUUCAUUCAUCGUAGAACCGACAAAGUUGCUGUUCUGAAUCUCCUCUGGUUUAUCGGGUUCUUCGUUCGUUACGGUUUAUUAUUCCCUUGCAAGUAAGCACAACUGCUCUUCGAGUUUUCAUAUAAUAUCACUUUCAGAGUCUUUACGUUUUCAGUCUCUAUUCCUCUGACCUGGAUCGUUGGUUAUUUAGCGCGUAAUUUUCCUGUUGCCCCGUAAGUGCUGGAUCUUGUGCUUAAUAACGCUGCCUCGUUUAUAAGGAUUCGUCAAUGGCUUCACGAAUACGGUCUUCAAAAAGCGAUCAGACUGAAUCUUCGUCCAUUCUCAUCCGUGAUAAGAUUUCAUGAUGUCCACAACCGUCCGAGACCCAAUACUAUAUGCGUCGCAAAUCAUACAACACCAUUCGAUUGGUGUGUUCUGGCCUCCGAUGUCACAUACGCUGUGACUUGCGGGCAUGUGGCAGUCUACGGGAAGUUCUUAAAAAAGCUUCUACACAAAAGGUGGUGCCCGACAAGUAUGCCUACUCUCCAUUAUUCAGUUUCGUGGUCGACGAUUUAAUGAGACGAACAGUGGAAGGUCUUCAAAACCUUGGGAUUCACAUAGCUGCUGACGAAAACCUUGUCCAUCUGGAAUAUGCAAACGAGAUGAUUCUAGUCUUCGAGGAGCGAAAGACACAAGUGCUUUUGGAUGAACUGACCACACUGGUUGGCCAAAAACAUUCCGGUUUCUUCGGCUUGGCCGAAAAAAUCAUCUCCGCGGCCGUCCCUGCCGUGUGGUUUGAUCGAGAUGAAGUGUUGGACAGGCAACGUACUGCGGCCCGUCUAAAAGAACACGUCAUGAGUCCAAACGCCGAACCCCUGCUCAUCUUUCCUGAGGGAACUUGUAUCAACAACACGUCUGUUAUGAAGUUCAAAAAGGGCUGUUUUGAGGUUGGUGCGCCGAUUCAUCCUGUCGCGAUCAAGUACAAUCCUUUGUUUGCUGACUGCUUCUGGAACAGUAGCCGUGAUAGCCUUCUACAAUAUACGUUCAAAAUCAUGAGUUCAUGGGCCAUGGUUGUCGACGUGUGGUAUCUGCCACCUACUCGGAUGCGCGAUGACGAAGAUGGCAUAAUGUUUGCUGGCCGUGUGCAACAAAGUAUAGCAAACUGCGGUGGACUGCUGAAUAUGAACUGGGACGGUGAACUCAAACGGCAAAGGCCAAAGGACACGCUGAAGCUAGCACAGCAGUUGUUCAUCAGUCGGUAUCUAGUCCCACAGGAAGAAGAUAAGAAAGAUACUUGAUAGCCGCCAAUCAGAUAUCAAAUCACCUUUAGUUUUCUUAUCCAGAAGCCCAACCAUUCCUACUCUGUCCACUCACUCCUUUACGAAGAUUUCCUAUGGAUUGUUUUUUUCGUGAAGCUAUCAUCACAUGCUGCCAUAAACAGCUCUGGGUCCAUUCUGAUAGAUUUUUUCUAGCUGUUUUUCUCUCAUCUAGCUUUCGCUCUUUGCACGCGUCUACUGUCUGCAUCCCUGAUUUGGGCAUCUCCAUUUUACAAUACCUGGGUUCGGUUUCAAAGUCUUUCCUACGCAACAUCAACAAUGAGUCUCUUACCUUGCCGAUUUCCCGUGUAUUCUAUUUAUCUGUGUUUAUUAUUACUCUGUUG